AUGGUGGACACAACCCACUCCAGACACGAUGACGAUAACUGGGACCCUCCGCCCCCGUACGAAGCUACUAGCAGUAGACAGUGGGUAGAUCAGUCAACGGCUGCAUUUGCACAUCUGCCGUGCCCCACGGCGGCAGCGCCGGAACUGCUAUCGACCAACGAUGGCCGUGUGGAUGUACGAGUCGGGUCUCGACUCAGCCGCAACCUAGAACAUAUUCUGAGUGAUCAGCCGCCAAACUCAACAGAUGUCAAUCAACACACAUCUACGUCAUAUCUGACACCAAGUGUCAAUUUUGACUUGAAUCUCAACAUCGUUAUCCAAGUGGUAGGCAGCCGCGGAGAUGUGCAACCAUUCGUGGCCCUGGGAGCUGAGCUGCGAAAACAUGGCCACCGUGUCCGUCUCGCCACCCACGCCAUGUUCGAGGAGCUUGUCCUCGGCGCAGGUCUGGAAUUCUUCUCUAUUGGCGGAGAUCCAGUCGAGUUGAUGUCUUACAUGGUGCGCCAUCCGGGGCUAAUUCCCAGCAUGAAGAGUCUGCGAGCAGGAGACAUCCAGCGGAAGCGUGCGUCUAUCACGGAGAUCUUGAAUGGGUGCUGGUGCUCGUGCGUGGAACCGGAUGAGCGCCUAGGGACACCCUUUGUGGCAGAUGCCAUCAUCGCGAAUCCCCCGAGUUUCGCGCAUGUCCAUUGUGCGCAGGCCCUCGGGGUUCCGGUUCAUUUGAUGUUUACCAUGCCUUGGACUAGUACUAGAGAGUUCCCUCAUCCUUUGGCGAAUAUGAAGUACAAUGGAGCUAAUCCAUCUGUUGGCAACUUGAUCUCGUAUCACUUCGUUGAGUGGCUGACGUGGCAAGGGCUAGGCGAUCUCAUUAAUGCAUUCCGCAAAGAUAUUCUGGAUCUAGAUUGUAUACCAGCAACAGAGGGUCCGAAUUUGAUAGAAACACUCGAAGUUCCCUUCACAUACUGCUGGUCAUCGGCAUUGGUACCAAAACCACAAGACUGGGGUGCACAUAUUGGUAUGUUGGAUGCACACAUCAUUAAAGAACCCACUAACAGAAUAGAUGUAUGCGGAUUCUUCUUCCGCGAGCCGGUUGAUUAUCAGCCGCCGCCAGAUCUUGAAGAGUUUCUUCAAUCUGGACCACCGCCAAUAUAUAUUGGAUUUGGAAGUAUCGUCCUCGAUAACAUGGAGGAGACACUGAGUAUUUUACUCGAAGCUAUCAGACGGACCGGGAUCCGUGCUAUCAUAGCCAAAGGAUGGUGUCAUAUGCAAGGGGAGGAAUCACCCAAUAUUUACUACGUUGGCGACUGCCCACAUGAGUGGCUUUUCCAGCGUGUGGCUGCCGUUGUUCACCAUGGAGGAGCAGGUACAACGGCCUGCGGUCUAAGAAACGGAAAGCCGACCGUCAUAAUUCCGUUCUUUGGAGACCAACCCUUCUGGGGCAGCAUGGUCAAAGCAACAGGCGCUGGACCGGAGCCGAUCCCAUACAAAUCCUUGAAUGUAGAGAAUCUGGCAGAUGCUAUUAAAUUCUGCUUGGAGCCAGCAGUUGCCGCUGUGGCUCGAAGAAUCGGCGACCAGAUCAACCGGGAAAACGGUGUCCGGGCGGCAGUCAACUCUUUCCAUGCACAUCUUCCGCGUCAAGAUAUGGAAUGCGACCUUAUACCCGGAGAACCAGCCGUUUGGAAGUUCAAGAAAGGCCGGCGUGUGGUCAAAAUGUCGAAAAUGGCAGGUUUCAUGCUGAGGGACCGGGGUCGUCUACAGGAAAAGCAUCUCAAACGAUACCAAACAAAGCCCUUGAGCAUAGAAGUCCGGCGGUGGGAGCCAGUCACAGCAGUUUCAUCGGCGACGCUGUCAACAUUUGCGGGUAUGGCAGACGCUGGAGCUGGAAUCUUCGUCGAUCCAUAUAAAGAAUACCGCCGCCUUCAAGCCACUCCCGAAAGCAACGGGGACUCAUCUAGGACCCAAUCGAAUGCCCGGGAAACAUCAAACGCCCCACAAAGCAUUGGCACUGACUCGAAUGAUUCCAGCCACGGGAGGCAGAUAGCACUUGCUUCAGCAUUGAGUCUUGCCAAGUUCCUAGGCCGGUCUUCGCGCGGUGCCUUCGUGGAAAUACCACUAGCAGCCACCGAAGGCAUGAGGGCAAUUCCCCGACUCUACGGUGAUGAAUCACACGCAAAUGCCCCUGUGCAAGAUUGGAGAAGUGGAAUGGCCGUGGGAUGGUCAGGAUUCACACACGGCGUCUACGAAGGCUUCACUGAUAUAUUCGUGCACACCUACCGUGGGAAGAAGGAGCGCGGAGCCCUCGGUGUCGCUGGAGGUUUGAGCAAGGGACUGGUCAGCUUAGCUGUUAAAACGGGAUCGGCGACAGUUGGCCUGGUUGCUUAUCCGAACCAAGGGAUCUAUCGAUCUCUGCGAAGCGCGAUGCGGAAAGGAUCGGCGCAGCAGAUCGAUGAGGCGCGGUGGGCGGAGGUUUGGGUACUUGAUACUGAUAGAGCAGCGCGAGUGGACGUCUCUGCUUUGUGCACACGCUAUGAUGAUUUGUUGUCUACGAGAGAUAGCGCCCUGCACUUACGGCGGCAUUGA